UUACAUAUACUAACAGCUGUUUUACUUUUCUCCCGGCGUUGUUAUUCAAGACUCAAGCAUUUUUAAAAAUUAAAUUAACAAAAUGCUGCGUUUGAACUUACAACUGUGCAAAUUCAAUAGUGUGCUGCGUCUGCCAAGCAACGCCUGCAGAAGUCCUAGCACCACUCAGCCCCAGCGUUUAGUCACACGAAGAAUGGCCCAGCAGCAACAGAAGCAGCAACAAAUAGAAUGGACCACUAGUAUACGUAUGGAUAAGAAGGACAAGGAGAAGAUUACGGCAUUGGGUUGGUUUCUACUCCUCAUUCCAGCAACCACAUUUGGUCUAGGCUGCUGGCAGGUGAAGCGCAAGAUCUGGAAGGAACAGCUUAUUAAAGAGUUGAAUGAGCAACUAAGUAUGAAGCCCGUUGACCUGCCCGAUGACCUGAGUCAAUUGGAUAAAAUGGAGUACCGUUUGGUUACCUUGCGUGGACGCUUUUUGCAUGACAAAGAAAUGCGUAUGGGUCCACGCUCACUUAUACGACCUGAUGGCGUAGAAACACAAGGCGGACUCAUCUCACAGCGUGAUACUGGCAAUGGUUACCUUAUUGUUACCCCUUUCAAAUUGGCCGGCAGAGAUGAUAUAGUGCUUGUCAAUCGCGGCUGGGUUUCCCGCAAACAUGUUGACCCCGAAACGAGAGCCUUGGGCCAAUACCAAAAGGAUGUGGAGGUCACAGCCGUGGUGCGUAAAGGAGAAGUGCGGCCACAGUUCACACCAGAUCACAAAGAAGGCAGUAUCUUUUUGUAUAGAGACUUGCACAAAAUGUGUGCUAGCACUGGAGCUGCGCCCGUUUUUCUUGAUGCUGUCUACGAUGCCAAGGCUGCCAAUAAUGCCCCCAUAGGCGGACAGACGCGAGUCACACUACGCAACGAUCAUCUGUCGUAUCUGGUCACCUGGUUUAGCUUAUCUGCAGCCACAUCGUUUCUUUGGCAUCGCCAGAUUAUCAAGAGAUUGCCAUUUUAGUUUUAUACUCCUAUUUUG